CCAAUAUAAACACACAUAAUGACAGAAACUUUUUGAGGCAGGCAGAAAGAGAGACAGGGAGAUACAGAGGAGGAUAGGAUAAAUCUUUCUGCCAUUCUUCUUCCUUCCUGAAUCCUGUUCUUCUUUUACUGACUGAUGGAUAAACCUAAGGAGAAAGAGAAGAGGAUGUUGGUGGUGGGGGUGUGGAAUUUUGCGGCAGAGCUUAAGCUGUUGUUAACUGCUCUUCUAAUACUUUGCAGUUUGGCCACCCUUCUCCAGUUCUUUCCUUCUCGUUUCACCAUCUCCACCUCCGAUCUCCGCUUCUGCAUCUCGAGGGUCGUCACCACCGAGAUGGCCCCACCCACCAUUACUUCCUCUGCCUUACAUUCUUCCCUACUCGCCCCCCCACCUUCUUCACCGUCCCCGCCACCGCCGUCUCAGCCGGCGUCAACGUCCCUUCGGCAAGAAGAUCAGACGCUUGAUAAUGGCGUUAUCAAGCGUGGCUUCAAUACUUACGGCGCGGCCGCCUACAGCUUCGUCACUAUGGGGGCUUACAGAGGAGGCCUCAACACCUUUGCCAUUGUGGGUAUAGCUUCCAAGCCCCUCCACGUCUUCGCCAAGCCGACCUACCAGUGCCAGUGGGUCCCACAUCUCAACUCCUCCGAACCCAUUUCCGCCGUCGGCUACAAGAUCCUCCCGGACUGGGGCUACGGCCGGGUCUACACUGUCGUAGUCGUCAACUGCACCUUCUCUCAACCCAUCAAUACCGACAACUCCGGCGGAACAUUACUCCUCUACGCCUCCACCUCCGGUGGCGGUGACCGCAGCUUCAACGUCACGGACACCAUCCCGGCCUUGACAGAGUCUCCCGGAUCCUUGAAUCUCGCAUUGUUUACUUCAAAACCCAAGUACGAUUAUCUGUAUUGUGGCUCGUCCUUGUAUGGGAAUUUGAGUCCCCAGAGACUGAGGGAAUGGAUAGCCUACCACGUUAGAUUGUUCGGGGAGAGAUCGCAUUUUGUGAUACACGACGCGGGUGGGAUUCAUGAGGAGAUGUUGGAGGUGUUGAGACCAUGGAUGGAAAAGGGCUUUGUGACGUUGCAAGAUAUAAGGGAGCAGGAAAGGUUUGACGGGUACUAUCACAACCAGUUCAUGGUGGUAAAUGAUUGCUUGCAUAGAUACAAGUUUAUGGCUAAGUGGAUGUUCUUCUUUGAUGUUGAUGAGUAUAUAUAUGUGCCGCCCAAAAGCACCAUUAAAACGGUGCUCGAUUCGCUCUCCAACUACUCGCAGUUCACCAUUGAGCAGAUGCCCAUGAGCAGUAAGCUAUGCCUUUACGAACCAGCCGGCAGAACCUACAGGAGGUGGGGGUUCGAAAAGCUUGUAUAUAGGGAUGUGGUGAAAGGAAUUAGGAGGGACCGCAAAUACGCUGUGCAACCGCGCAAUGUAUAUGCCACUGGGGUACAUAUGUCACAAAACCUCGCUGGUAAAACAACUCAUGAAACAGAGGGCCGAAUCAAAUACUUCCAUUACCAUGGAACCAUAGCAGUCCGGCGCGAACCAUGCCGGAACCUAAUAAACUCGACAGAGAUCGUAUUCGAAAAAACCCCAUAUGUCAUGGACACCACAAUGAGAGAUGCUGCUGGGUCUGUGAAGAACUUUGAGCUGAAAAUGAUUGGAUCCAGGCUACAAAGGACACGGCAAUGACAACUAUUUUUUCUUCUUCAACCUUUGUACUAUUCUCUUCUAUUUUUGGUUACAUUAAUCUUUUUUAGAAAAGGGAAUCGAUUGGAGGUGGUUGAUUAGAGUUGAUGUUGGAUUCUUUAUAUAUAUAUAUAUAUAUAUGAAGUUUAAUAUUCA